AAGACGUGCGUUGCAAACGAAUUCGCGUGUGAUGACCGCUGUGGAUGGAGUGUACAAAUAGCCGAACGAACAAGAAUAGUGCUGAUCGUUAAUAUUGUGACGAAAAAGUGAAGGCGCGUGAACCGGCCGGCGGUACCCAGCCAGCUAACAGCAUGUUUCGCUCGAAGAAGGAUGUCGAUCGUCAUGUCCAAAAUGUCUUCAGCAAACUACGGAACGAGAAUGAGAAAGAUCUUCGUUGUUACAAUGUUGCCAAACUGUAUUAUCAAGUGGGUGAUUAUGAAUCCACAAAAAGAUAUGUAUCCAAUUAUUUAGAAGUACGAGAUGGUUCAGCUAGUGCACAUAAGUUGUUGGGUCAGGCGUAUGAAGCUCUUGGCCAAAAGGAAGCAGCUUUAAACGAGUACAAAAUUUCUCUUGAACUUGAAGGCAGACAAGAUGAUCUUGUCCUAAAAGUAUGUGAAUUAUUGGCUGACAUGGAUAUAGGAAUGGAUGUCAAUAAAGUAGAAUAUUGGAUAGAUAGAGCUGAUAGACAAUUUCCACAUCAUCCAGUAGUUUUUCAAUUAAAAGAGAAAUUGUUGACUAUAAAGAGACCAAACAAUAACAGUGAAGAUUUCGAGAAACUUAUCAGAUCUGAAAUGAUUGCAAGACCAAAUGAUGUCCAGCUUCCCUUCAAAUUGUUAAAUCAUUAUAUAUCAGAGCGCAAAUUUAUUAAAGCUUAUGAAUAUGCUGCCAGUGUGGAGGCUGAUAUUCGUCAUAGAAACAGUAUUGUGUGGUAUCAAAUACUAUACGAGUUAUUAACAAAAUGUAAAGACACUAAAUCUUCUGAUUGGUCCUUCUGGUUUUUCUAUAUAUCUGUAUCGGAUAGAUAUGCAGCAUUGUGUCUCAAGGAACAAGGCAAUGAAAUAAAGAAAAGCAUUUCAGAAGCAACACAAGCGGUAUUCAAUUUUGACCAAAACCUGUAUGAGAUGGAGCUAGAAAACUUUUCUAAACAGCACCCCUUUAUGGAGCACUUGCUUACGCACAUGUGGGGUCAAUUGCACUUCCAUUUGGCAUGUUUAUUACUGCGCAAAACGAAACGCGAACAAGGUAGCUGGAGCGAAGCGGGAAGACUAUGUGCGCCUUUAUUAUUAAUUGCUUUACAUAUGACUCCGCUGGAAACCCGUAUAGGCAUACAUCUAGAGGAUGACGCAUCUAAGAAUCAAUUAAAUAUAUGGAUCAAAGAGGCUGCAUAUCGAUGCUGUCAAGCUGGUUACAUUCUUCAAAAUUAUGCCAGGGAUGAUACAAAGAAACUGUUGGAUAGAACUGAUAAAUUUUGCACGGGACUCUGGAGAGAGCGUAUCUAUCAGAGAAUUUUCGUAACCAGAAUACAUCUCGAACAUAUGCAGAGUUCAUUUUUUUGCAAUUAUUCAGUUUCUGAUCCACCUCUACGUUUUUGCACUGCAAGUCAACUAAGACAUUACAAUCAAAUUGCACAAGAAGUGUGGCCUGCUUCUUUACAUCAUCACAUCUGGUUUGGGAUGGAGAAUCGACCUCAGCAUAAAGACGCUCCUUAUCCAGAUCAAUACUCGCGUGUAUUUCCAACGUUGCAGUUUUCGGUAUUCAAUAUAAACCAGGCAGCACCUGAUACACUAUGUCUCCUCGAUAUCGACGCAUUUCUUAACGCAGCGAUACUCUGUUCGUCCGCCGUUCUGGAGGAACAACAACUCGGUAGCUUCAUCAAUCCCGAAAGACUACCGACACUGCCGGUCGAUUUGACCGCGACUCUAUCUACCAUCAAUCAAGAAAAAUGGUGGUCCGCGGCAUAUAAAAUGUGCUCUAAACGACAAGACGUAGAUAGCGAUAUCGGCGAACUGCGGCAGGAGUUGCAGCAAGGUUUGGAAGUCGUUCGCUGCAUCGGCAAUCACGGUAUGCAUCCAGUAUUGUUGGUGCAUCUGGCGCGCAUGUUCCAUUAUCGCGCGAAGGUAACGAAAGAGAAAGAUGCAGAGAACGCCUACAUUCCUAGAUGGGAGACACGUUCCGAGCUGUAUUGGACCGCCGCUAUACCGCUGUUGGAGAGACUGCAGAAUAAUCAAACUUUACGUAUGUCAUCAUCAAAGUUAUUUAACUAUCAGGGCAAGGAGAUGAAUAACUUCGAGUUGACAAACGCCCUUGAAGAAGGCAAGUUGUUGUUAGCGCAGCGGCUCGUACGCGACAAGCAGUAUGAGCAGGCAAUUGACGACCUUCAGGCGUUGAAAUGCCCGGAGGCGUCGUUCCAGCAAGCGCAAAUCUACAAAAUGUUCGCAGAUGAGAUAGUAAAUUCCACGCCUCGCGAGAGUCUGACAUCAGAGAUGCGAUCGCAGCACGUCAUAAUGUUGACGAAAGCAAGAAACUGCUUCUACCUCACGUUGGACCGGCUUCGUAGUCCCGGCACGAAUCCCAAGCACCCGCUGAAUGCCGAACUUGGUACUCAUAUUACUGACAUCGAGAACGAAUUAAAAAGGAUAGAUCCGGAUCUUGGCAGAGGCGAUUUGAGUAGAAAUGACAUCGAUAAUAUAUCCGAUGAGAGUUAUUCGCCCACUCACAGCGCCGUAGAUCAUGCAGUCACAAAUCCGACAUUGCUGAAUACAUUAACUGGUAAUAAUUCAAAUAUGCUGAGCACUCCUCAAAGGAAUGCUCAUCGCACGCCGCGUCAUGCCAGCACGCCAUGUAGACUGCAAUAUCAGGAUUACUUGAAUCUAUCGAAGAAUCGUACGGAAGCGCGUCCAAGUCCGGAGCGUCUCGAUGCCCAGAUACGUCAAAUCAUGCAAUCCCGGGACAAUGAGAUGCAGGAGCUGAUGGAACAGAUGAAGAACAUGACGACGCAGAUAAAAACGUUAAAUGAGAAAGUGGAUACUUUGACGAAGGAGGUUGUGGAAUCACGUAAAGAGAAUCAGAAACAACAGCAGCAGCAGCAGCGCGUACAACAGCAACAGAACGUCAAUCCUGCCGUCGAACCCGACGAUUUCUACGUCCUUGACGACGACGAGUACGCCGAUUUGAGCUACCAGAAUCAACCAACCGGACCGGCAUCUUCGAUCUCCGGUAACAUAUUCGCAUCCCAGCACGCUCGGCAUCCUUAUUCGUCGCUGGUAUAUCCUUCCGCGGCGGCCGCCGCCGCCUUCCAAGGCUAUUAUCAGGGUGGAAUACCAUUUACUGAUCCAAAUGCUCAAGCGGCUAUAUCAUCCCUGUAUCCGCAUACUGUUUAUCCAAUGCCAGUACUGUAUCCUAAUCAAUCAAAAGUGCCAGAUAAUCCGUUGCAGCAGGGUCUUUUCCAACCGACGCUUUCCUCGCAAUUGCCCGAUCUCAUGCCGGCAGCAGCGGCGACGAAUCCGUCAUUGCAGAUACCGCUGCAACAGAAAAUCGAGACACCGCGGACGAAACCUGAGACGAUGAUGACAACAACAACCGCGACGAUCAUCAAAGACGCACCAGUAAACAAGGCGCCGCCCGUAAACGUGGUUAUCACGACAUCCGAUACAUUACCGACCACAGUGCCGUCUAUUCAACCGACCUUGAGCGUCACCAUACCACCGCAGUAUCGACUGGGAGGAGGAGCGGUUGUGACUUUCUCUACACCUAUAACGACAGCGACAAUAGCUACAGCAUCAACGACAAUGACGACGAAAUCGUCAUCGUCAUCGAACGCACCACAUUGUUACCAGAUUGCCAUGCCUUCGCAGGCCACUAUACCGACCACUGUCAAUUUACCGCCGACUACUAUCUACGUAACACCGGCUAACAUCAACGUAUCACCAAUCUACGCCAAUUUUACAACGCCCAAUACGCCGUCUACGAUCACGAUCACCCAUACAGCUCCCAGCAAUACUCUGUUAAAUGCUCAGAAUAAUGCUACUAAUAUUAAGACACUUGAUAAAGCAGAUAAUAUCGUCAAGCCUAUCUACGAACCGAUUGAAUCGCCAAACACCUCCACGGAAAUAUGCGAACAGGAGCAUGAUCCGAUACCAGAUUUCGUGCCGGUCAUACCUUUGCCCGCAAAGGUGAAAGUUACCACUGGUGAAGAAGACGAGGAUACUCUGUAUUGCAACCGAGGUAAGCUGUUCCGUUUUGUCGAUAAAGAAUGGAAGGAGCGCGGCGUCGGUUAUGUGAAACUGCUACGUAACAUGGAGGGUAAGGUACGCUUGCUGAUGCGUCGCGAUCAAACGCUAAAGAUCUGUGCGAAUCACAUGCUGAGACCAGAUAUGGAAUUGACCCCCAUGGCAAACAACAACAAGGCUUUAUUUUGGGUCGCUAACGACUUUGCCGACGAGGAAGUGAAACUGGAAAAAUUUUGCAUUAGGUUCAAGACCACUGAGGAUGCGAUGGCGUUCAAGGAGGCCUUUGAUCAGGCAAGACUCAGUCUAAUCGAAACAUCUUCGGAAAAGACCGUUGAUAAAACUUCCACUCCUUCCAGUGAUACGUCCAAGAUUCAGAAAGCACAGCCGACGCAACAAGCCAAGAUAAGUUCGACAACAGAAGCAGCUUUAUCGGACAAAUCGAAACUGGGCACGACGACGCUAGGAGGAUUUUCUUUCAGUUCAAAACCUAUCAUCCAAGAGGUUAAAGAUGUCGAGGCGAAUGAUUCUAAGAAAACCGAAGAAACGCCAAAAGUCAGUCCAUUCAGCGGAUUUACGUUCAAAUCGCAGGGUAAAUUUGAAGCUGCGAAAACUACAACGACCACCGCAACGAGUGGCUCCACGCAAUCGGCAAAAUUUCUUUUCUCCUCGACUGCGAUUUCGCAGCCGUCUGAUUUAAGUGUAACGCCGAAUAUAUCACCGAUAUUUACCUCAUCUGCGACAUCCGCUCAAAAUUCCACAGGAUUGAGAAGACCUCGUUUGCCGCCACCCGGUGCUAUAAAACCGGGAUUCAAUGAGGAAACACAGCCGCAGUCUGAAAGCGAAUGGAAGUUAUUCAAUGGAACAGCAAAUCUUCAAUGUCAAUACAGCAGCAACACCAACGCUAAGUGGAAAAAUAAAGGUACAGGACUGAUAAUGCUAUUAUUGGACACGAAAUCCGGUAAGAUUCGCUUGCUACUGACGGACGAUAAAAGCUCCAUGGCUUAUGGUCACGGAAUACCUCUGGACAUGGCGUUUACGUAUAAGAGCGGCGCUACAGUUGUCAAUUGGACCGUUCCGGGAGACGCCAAGGAACCCGGUAAAACUUGGUCAUUACAUGCCGCGACCUUCAAUACUUCGGAAUUAGCUUCACAGUUCUACAAUGUCGUAUCGAGCUGCCAGCAGAAACUAGCCAAGGGCUGCAGCCCAAGUGAAGUCGCAAAAGAGCUUGGAAAGAACGCGUCAUCAAGCGAUAACAAGGGUCAAAACGCACAGGCGAAAUCUCAACCCCCACCGUUGUCGGAACUAUUCAAGCCACCAAUCGGUUCCUGGGAAUGCAGCGGCUGUUACACUAGGAACAACGCUACAGAUGUGAAAUGCGUGGCUUGCGAGGCUCUGUCGCCGUCUUUGACGGUGAGUCAUCAGAGCAGCUCCGUCGUCGCUAACAACAAACCUAUCGAUUCCGAUAAACCGCCGUUGUCGGAGUUGUUCAAGUCGCCCGCCGGUUCCUGGUCUUGUCCGGGCUGCUAUGUUGUCAAUUCCAGCACAAACAUCUAUUGCGUCGCCUGUGACAAGCCUAAGGAUCCGUCACAACCGCCCAAACCACAGCAGACUAACUUCUUCCAACUGUCCUCUUCCAUCGCAUCGCCGACGAUGACCACGUUUUCUUUCGGCAUUCCUAAGGACACCACCAAGGAAACUGCCAGUACAGGUUUUAGUUUCCGGAUGCCGAACACAGAGGAUAAAAGCGCUGAUAGUGCGAAAACAGCUUCAUCUAAAUCCGAAAAGACUACCAACUUCGUAUUUGGUAUCCCGGUGAAAACUACCGCUAACUCGGGCGACUCACCGUUUACUUUUGGUUCUCCCACCAAGUCGUUCGGUUUUAAUUUUGCAGCCAAGUCACCGGCUAAAUCACCUGGCGGUGGCGGCGGCGAGACCAGCGAAGAUGAAGUGGUGGAAAGUGAAGACGUUCACUUCUCACCAGUUAUACCAUUGCCGGACAAGAUCGAGGUGAAGACUGGCGAAGAGAAUGAGGAAGUGCUCUAUAAUCAUCGGACGAAGCUGUUUAGAUUCGACACCGCGUUGAAGGAGUGGAAAGAACGUGGAUUGGGUGAUAUCAAGUUGCUGCGCCACAGGGAGACUGACAAGUUGCGGUUGCUCAUGCGACGAGAGCACGUGUUGAAGCUGUGUUUAAAUCAUCUUUUGUCCGAUGAGAUAGAGUUCACACGGAAGGACGAAAAAACAUGGAUGUGGGCCGCGGCGGAUUAUAGCGACGGCGAAAUCGAGCAUAUGAAGUUGGCCUGCCGCUUCAAGACAUCCGAGAUCGCGACGGAUUUCAAGAAAGCAAUUGAUGACGCCAGAGAGAAUGUUAUUAGUAACGAGACAAUGAACAAAUCUGCAACAACAAAAACACCGAUACAGACGAACUGUUCACCGGUCGAGGAAGUCGAAAUCAUCUACGAGACGAAAGUCACUUCGGAAGAGAAGGCGGCUGCCUUAAAAUUGCAGUUACCGGAGAACUUCUACGCUUAUAAACGAAAGGAAGAUUGUCCCGGUUGCAUAGGCUGUAGAAAACCGAGCAUAGUAUUAUACCCGGAUAUCGCUGCACAAGACUCAACGAAAUGGAAGCCCAUACCGGAAGAGAAAGCGAUAAAUUUAUCGAAAUUCGCUUUGAACGUGAAUACGUCGAACGAUCCUAAAAAUAUUGAUACUACUCAGAACGUAACGCAGCCUACGUCUGUGAAAAAUGGAUUCUCUUUCACGACGCUUACUCCAACGACGUUCGUGUCAUCUUCGGCCACAUCGAGCAUUUUCGACAGUUCCACGAUGAGCUUUGGCAUUGGCGAUUUGAAGUCAUUCAACGAUAAGAAAACUACAACUUUCUCGUUUGGCAUGAACCCGCAGUUCAACAGCAACGAAACGACGACGAAUACCUCGCUUGAGAAUAUCAAGAUCUGUAGUCCUUCUAAUGCUGAAACCGCGCAAACAACUACUUCUAAUACAGUUAACACAACUGUACAAUCGAUAUUUAGCCAACCGACAUCGACCGCGUCCAUAUUUAAAACGUCUACUUUCUCCUUUGAUGCUGGCAAGAAUAUUUUCGGCGGCACCUCCAUGACCACGAACGCGACUUUGCCGAAAACAUCUAUGUUUGGAGGGAACAACGAUGGCAACUCCUUCAACACCAUGAAGACAACUUCUACUGCCACCAUUACGACAAAUUCUAUUUCGAAAACACUCUCGUCGACCAUAACUACUACCAUGGGAACUAGUUCUUCGUUUUCGUUUGGCUUGGCAGUCGCGCAACCAACUUCCAAGGCCAACGACACUAUCGUCGCCACGUCAACAGUUAUAUCUAAUCAGUCAAAUAACUCAAUGUUUAACACUAGCGUUACGCCCUUUUCCAAAAUGACAUUCGGUGCUUCGCCAUUCGAUAAUUCUACGACGACGACAAACAUUUUCAGUACUAUACCGGCAACGACGACGAUAAGCAUCUUCAGUACGGCACCGGCAAUGACAACGACAAACAUCUUCAGUACGGCGCCGCCAACGACGCUGACAAACAUCUUCAGUACGACAUCGACAACGACGAACAUCUUUGGCGCGACAACCAUAACGACGACGUCGAACGUUUUCGGAGCGAAAUCGCCAGACAAUGUCCAGAAGAAUGAGGACAACCCCAAUUUUUUUUCGACGAACGACGUAUCGUUCACGGCACUCGCUUCGGUGGCGGUGCAACCAGAAGCCUUCAAAGUUGAUCCCAACUUUACAUUUGCCGGUGCGGGAUCAACAGUGUUUGGUUCGAAAUCUGUCGCAUCAUCAUCACUGAAUAGUUCGGUAACUAUUCAGAACAAAUCGCAUGAAGAUUCCGUACAAAAGGAGGAUAAUGAAGAGGACGAUGGUGAAGUGGAUAAUGAACAGGAGCACGAUCCUCAGUUUGAACCCAUUAUACCUUUACCAGAUGCCAUUGAAGUUCGAACCGGAGAAGAAGAUGAAGAGAAAGUGUUCGGCCAUAGAGCUAAGUUAUACAGAUACGAUAACGCUACGAAGGAGUGGAAGGAGCGCGGUGUCGGUGAGAUGAAGAUUCUGUAUCACGCGGGUCACGGCAGCUAUCGCUUAUUGCUACGCCGCGAGCAAGUUCAUAAGAUCGUUUGCAACUUCCUUCUCACCCCCGAUGUAGAGUUCCGUCCACUCUCCACAUCGGACCAGGCUUGGAUGUGGGCCGGCAUUAAUUAUAUUGAGCAGGAAGCCUGUGCCGAGCAAUUAGCGAUUAAAUUUAAAUCAUCCGAUGUGGCCCGUCAGUUUAAGGCGCACAUCGAUAAGAUUCAACAAGAAUUGCGGGAAAAGAAAAAUAUUCAAGAUGAGAGAUGCGUCGGCGGAGUGGAGGAGAGCGAAGAACGUGAUCAAAGUAACGACGUGAAUGAGGAGGAAGAUGAAGAGGAAGAUGACGAAAAUGAAGAGGAAGACGAUGAAGAUGAUCAGGAAAUGAUUCCCAUUAUUGAGAAACGUGCCACUGUAUUCGCGAGAUGGCCGAACGAAACUGAAUGGGAAACCGUAGGCUUGGGAAAUCUGGCGAUCCAUUACGAUUCCGAGAUCUACGCGGAAAGAAUCGCGCUGAAGCUCGACGACUCGGAGGAAUAUGCCAGUAACACUAUCAUCAGCAUGGAUUCAGUGAUGCAGGUGGAAGGUAAAGAAUGUAUUUGGAGUGGGAUCGAUUUCGCUUUAGAGCCUCCAGUGAGAAGAGUUCUGAAAGCAAUCUUUUCAUCGGCGCAAGCAGCGCAAGAGAUGCAUACGUUUUUCGAAGAUGGAGUGGAUAGCGCGAAACAAGUCGGUGUUGUCGAGUAUCAAGAAGAAGACUUAGGAUCUUGAGCUAAUAUAAGUAGUUGAUAAUUGACACGCUGUUAUUAUACAUACUUCACACUAUCUUCCUAUUAUAGUAUAAAAGUAAACGUACUGUUUCUUCGUCGUUCCUCUUAAGUUAUAACAAUAAGUAAGGAAAAACACACAUGUGCUAGAGUUUUACAUGUAGCUUCUUCUUUUUCUUUUUUUUCUUUUUAGAAUCAAGACAUGGUUUGACAAGUACAAUAAUUAUCUGUAUAUGAAUGUGAAGAAGUACAAGUUCCCGUAGUAAUAAUUUAUGUGUGCUAUGAAAAAAAAUUUUAUUUAUAAUAUAGAAAAUAGAAAAGAUUAAACAUCACAUUUAAUUUGUUUAUUUUUUGUAUUAAUCUAUGAGUCAUCUUUUUUUGUGCUGUUUUUUUUUUUUUUAAUGAAAUGUGCCAAAACCUAACACUUUCGUAAUGAAAACAUUUAAUUAUAUUGAACUAUUAAAACUGUGUCAGUAACUAUAUCAAAAUAUAUAUUUUUAAAUAAUCUCUGAAAAUUGUAUUGGCUACAAAUACAUAUUGAAUGCUCACAGUAAGAUAAUAGCACACUGAUUAUUUUUUACUAAUUGAUUAUAAUGAUCACGUUAAGUCGCAAAAAUCUCAAUGUUUAUAUUUGAUUAGAUUACAAAAUCAUUGCAUCACUAAAAUUAAUGAUUAUUGUAAAUAUUAAGAUCUUAUGGUUAUAUCUAGUAAUAAGAUGUAAUAUCUUUUUUGGACUGAAAUAGAAAUUAUCGAAUAAAGGACAUUACUAAUAUAGUUAAUAAUAUAUAACACAUG